AUGAACUUCCUCCCCUGGGUGUCAUUGUUCUUCAGCACCCUUUUGGCCUCCGCGGUAGCUACUACCCCAUCACAGACUACUGCUAGAAGGGAUUCCAGUACCUUUGUGAGCACCAGUGGCUCUGACUUCGUGGUGAAUGGGAGUGCCUUCAAGUACAUCGGUACUAAUGCUUAUUGGCUGCCUACGCUAAACACGAACGAGGAUAUAUGGAACUCGCUUGCGAACAUAUCAGCUCUUGGCAUCAAGGUCGUCAGAUUAUGGGCAUUCAAUGAUGUGGACACUAUUCCUGUGAAUGGCACUUGGUUCCAGCUUGUUCGCAAUAGUACCGUCUCCGUCAACACUGGGUCGAAUGGCCUCCAAAAGCUCGAUACAGUCAUUCAGAUGGCCGAGCAGCAAGGCCUAUAUGUCAUUCUAUCUCUCACGAACAACUGGUACCCUUUGCCGCUCUUGAACUCGACGGUGCCUCCUAUCAAUAGCACCGCCUUUGAUGUCACACCUGGCACUAAUAAUACCCUUCCUCGCAACUAUCUGUCUAAUAACUACGGUGGCAUGGAUCUGUAUGUUCGCCAAUUUGGCCUCGAAACUCAUGACCAGUUCUACACCAACGAGUCGAUAUUAACGUCUUUCAUGAAUUACACGACUCAAGUGGUCUCCCGCUACGUAAAUAGUCCAUCAAUAUUCAGCUAUGAAUUGGCCAAUGAUGCCAGAUGCAACUCUACCUUACCUGCAUCUGCUAGCUGUACAACAGAAACAAUCACGACCUGGCAUGCGACGGUAGCCUCUCACAUUCGCAGCAUCGAUCCAAACCACCUCAUCUCUUCAGGAGUUGGAGGGUACAUGUGUACAAAUUGUCCCAAACUCUACCCUCUGACUCCAGCACCAGCACCUGUGACUUCACCGCUUCCCGGAAAAAAGAAGCGCACAGUAGCUCCCGUGACCAAGGAGCAGAUUCUUCGAGAACGUUCUGAGAGGAGACGUCGUAACAGAGAAGCUGCGAAACGCGCGGGGACUCUGGUGGAAGACGGUGUGCGGGUAAGAGGACGAUGGGUUUCGACUGCUACCAAGAGGCAGACGACUCCGAGUUUGGGGUCAAUGUAUGACGGUUCAUACGGCGUCGACAGUCAAGACAUCUCGAACAUUCCAGAUAUCGGGUUCUCAUCUUUCCAAUUAUUCCCUGACCAACAGUCCUAUGGUACUGAUGACCCGAACCUUACGCCUUCGCAAAACGUGGAGCAAGAUGGCACCCAGUGGAUCACCUACCAGGCCCAAAGUGCUACUGCCGUUGGAAAACCUGCAGUACUCACCGGCUUUGGUCUGGUCACGCAGUCCAAUGCUCCUAGCUUCGUGCCAUUCAACUCUACGGUUGCUCCAUUUGCUUCCGACAAUUCGAGUUCCAACGCAACCUAUGGUGUGACCAACCAACAGCAAGCAGACACUUACACGACAUGGCUCAACACCGGCAUUGCUGCCGGACUCAACGGCAUAGUUCAAUACCAAUGGGGUCAGUCUAACCUUACAGCUGCACCGGGUACUACCGUCUCCCCCCCUACUACCACCGGAGAGCAGUCUACGCCCAGUAGCCCAGGACAGUCAUCCACUCCUUCAACAACGACUGGCGAGUCCCCCAAUGAUGGUUACUCAACUACCGGCUCGAGUACUGUCCAGCAAGUCCUUGGGUCUGCGGCCCAGGCGAUUGCCGCGGACUAA